CUGCCAGCUGCCAAGUGCCAAAAACCAGUCCGCGACCGAACGUCAUCGGUCAUUCAUUGAGUGCGUCACGCGUAUUCAAAAACUCUUACUAAAAACUUUCAAAACCCUCAGAACAAUAAAAACGUGCAGUGUACAGUGAAAUAAGCGAGUUGCGAGUCGCAACGCUGAAACCUGCUGUUGUAGCAUUCAACUCGGAACCAACCACAAGUGAGCUCUUUAUAGAAACUACUGCCCACUGCCAUACUAUCUGCUAGCAUUGAAAAGGUUGCCUAAAAGCUGUCCAAGGGUUAAAAAACGAUCAAGUGAAGAAGCCCAAGUUAUUUACUUAAAACAAGCAAGUUAUUAACUCAGAAUAUAUCAAGUGUCUAGUCAACCUGAAAUAAUAAUGAAAGAUAUUAAUGUUAUAACACCACAGUUUUCUCCAUUAGAUCCUGACAACGGGAACACAACUGAAAUCACAAAGACAGAGACUGAUAUCGAAGACAUUAAUCAAAAUGAAACAGUUUUAAAGAAUUCUAAUAAAGUGUCCGAAGACAAAAUGGCUAAGGAAGCCGAGUCGUAUGAGAACGGUGGAGAUAAGACUGAUAAUGUAGUUAACGUAGAAAGUGAGGAAUCGCAGCCCGGUGAAGAAGUGGCUGCACCGAACCCGGUGCCGGAAGAUGCUGCGGAGAGUGAGGCAGCACCAGCUGCUUCUGUGCCUAAAUACAAGUACAGCGAAGAUCAAUGGUCUCCGCUGAACACUGGAGGCAAGAAGUACUAUGAUAUUAGUUUACUCAAACAAAUAAAGGAUGAUCCACUUUCUAAGAACAAGCCCAGCAAUAUUUCUACUUUGGAAAACUGCCAUCUUAUCAGAACCACCCCGAUGCAGGACCCGCAGCCGUUCACACCCAUUUCGAGACCGAUCAAUGAUUCCCUGUUCCCUUCGUUUGCCAAGAGCCCUGGUAUGGGCUCCCGAGGUAACACUCCUCGAGAUGCUAAGAAGGAUUCGAGGAAAGCACCUACUGGCAGAGGCAGCGUCAAGCUAGGUCCAAGCCAGAGCGUCAGCAGUCCUCACAAACCAGUCAUCCGCGUCUCCCUAUCAUUAAGAGAGGAAGUCAAGCUGAACGAGGUGGAUUCCGCAUGGAAACCCACCAGGUUCCGCAAGGAGACGGCUGAUGAGGAAGAGGCUAGGACUCAGGAGCUCUACAAGAAAUUCCGAGGCAUACUGAACAAGCUAACCCCACAGAAGUUUGACACUCUUCUAGAACGAGUCAAAACCUUGGAGAUCAAUAAUCAGAAGCGGCUAGAAGGAGUCAUAGAUCUGGUGUUCGAGAAGGCUAUCGAUGAGCCGAACUUUUCUGAGGCUUAUGCUGCUAUGUGUAAUAAGUUGUCGGUGUUGAAGGUCCCUGCGGAUAACCCGAGUACACCCGACCAAUGUGUUAAUUUCCGCGCUCUCAUUAUCACUAAGUGUCAGAAACAAUUCGAGACACACGAAGUGGAUGAGCAGAUUGCGAAGUUAGAAAGUGAAUUGGCGGCUUGUACUGAUCCUACCAAGAAGAAGGAGCUUGCUCUGAUGAUCGAUGAAGAGAACAGGCGAGUGAGGAUGAGAUCUGUCGGCAAUGUCAGAUUCAUUGGUGAACUGUACAAAUUAAAAAUGUUGACAUCUAAAAUCAUGCUCUACUGUAUGAAGUACCUCAUAGAUAAGGUCGAGGAAGAGAAACUGGAAUGUCUUUGUAAACUCCUCACGACUAUCGGAGAGCAGGUCGAGAACGAGGUGAAAGGACAACUCGAUAAUGUGUUUAAGAAAAUGCAGGAAAUUGUUGAUAAAAAGAGUAAUAAGAUUAGCAGCAGGGUGAGGUUCAUGAUACAAGAUGUGAUUGAGCUGAGGAAGCGCCGCUGGGUGGCGAAGAGCGUGAUCGACUCGCAGCCGAAGACCAUGGACCAGAUACAGAAAGAGGCUGAACAGCAGCAGCGGCAUAUAGAGUUAAUGAACGCGAGUCCGGGCGGCGGGUUCCGUCGCGACGACGGCGGCCGAGGCAAGCGUUCAGACAGCCGCCGCAAGAACACCAACGCUGCCUUCAACGACAACGCAUGGAAGUCGCCCAGGACUACCAACUAUCCUGUCGAUACUAAUAAAUUGAAGGCUGUAGGACAAAAGAACUUAACGAACAUAAAGCUAGCCCCCCACAUGUCGGCGUGGAACUUCGGCUCCAGCGCGAAGAGUGCGUCUCCCAGCUCCAACUCCAUGAUCAGCAUCAGCAAGAACAUGUACAGCGUGCUGGAGAACGUGCAGGCUGAUCCCGCUACUCUUAGAGAAAACAAGGACUUGACACCUAAAUACUCUAAGGGAGCGUCGAUAGAAAGGUCUACAUUCAGCUCCAGAGACUCAAACACAACAGAAAGCAACAGCCGUUCAAACUCCACCACCCGAGCUGCCCCACCAGCUCCAGCCCCCAUCACCCAGGAACCUCUCCCCGAAGACAAGAGCAAGGCAGUCAAGUCCAUGCUGGACCAGUGCAUCAUUAACUCGGACCAUGAGGAGAUGGCAGCCGAUGUCAAGGAGUUGUACCCGGUGAAGUAUCAUGCUGCUGUGGUCGGGGAGAUACUUAAUAUUGCUGUGGAGAAACCAGCUAAAGAAAUCGGCCUCAUCUCAAAGGCACUGCUCAACUUAGUGACAUCGAACACAAUAUCUGCCGACAAUUUCGUAUCAGGCAUCAAAGAUAUGCUAGAAUUCGCUCCAGACCUGUAUAUUGAUAUACCCAUGUUAUACGAUAAUUUGGGAAAAAUUAUUGCACCUCAUAUUGAAAAUAAGCAUAUCACAUUUGGCCAGCUAUUCAAAGUCUCUGAAAGCAUAAUUGCAGCGAACCAUGGACAUCUGUUCUUGAAAGCCAUUGUAAGGGAUUUGAAGGAAAGUAUGGGACCUUCUUUCGUUACCAGUAAAUGGCAAGAGUCUGGUCUUCAAGUGAAGCAAUGGAUGGAUGAAAACCUUGUGUCAACAUGGUUGGAAGACAAUAAGUUCCAAUUCUUGGAAGGAGACUCCAAGGUCAGCGAGGAUACGAAGGAAAUCUUAUCGCCAGCUGAAACUCAGAGCAAACUCAUACAGUUAAUGAAAUCUGAUGAGGACUGCCAAUGCAUCAAAGGAUGGAUUCAGGAUAAAUUCGGCAACACAGCCAACGAGGACUGGUUUAUCCGAGCCCUAAUCCAAGCUAUAUGCGAGUAUGCCCUCUCCGGGGCCGAGGGCGAAGGCCCACAGUUUAACCAGGAGCGCAUGACUAAGUAUGCAAGCCUUAUCAACGAGUUUGGUGAAAGCAAGCAGGCGAGGGAAGCUAGCUGUCUGUUUGGCAUACAACAUCUUAUACAUAGGUUGGAACAUCCUCAAGGAUUAACAUUAGAGAUAUUCCAAUAUCUGCACGAACAAUAUAUUAUAUCAUUAGACGGGUUUAUCGCAUGGGAAGAGUCGGAGAAGGAACCGGAAGGAAAAGGUGUGAUGCUAAAGGCUUUGACUUCCUUCUUCACGAACAUCGAGGAAGCCGACAGCGAAGACUCAAGCGGCGACGACUGAAAAUCCCAGCAAUAUAUACUAAAUAAACCAUUUUUUUAUAUAAUAAUACUAGCUUCCGCUCGCGGUUUCACCCGUGUCUCGAUAUUACUACUUCCCGUAGUCGGAUGGUGACAAAAAUUAUCCUAUGUACUUCUCUAACUUCUAAGCUACGUCACAACUAAUUUUCAGCUUAAUCGGUCCAGCCAUUUUUGAGUUAUAAGUAGUGUAACUAACAUGAUUUUUUUCUUUAUAUACUUGUAUAGAUUUUAAUUGAUUAAGUUAUUGUUUUUUAUUGCAUGUACAUAAAAUUUUAUUUUUAAACUGAGUUUUGAAAUAAAAUGGUUUAUCAAGAUUUGUUUAUCUUUAGUUUAGUGCUUACUCAAUGGAGUAUAUUAAAGUCACUCUUUAGAAAUGUACUCCUGUUUAUAAGGUAACCUGUCAUUAUAUGGAUUAAGGGUGUAAUUAUUUACUUAAAACAUAUAUUACUAUUGCUUUAGUUAAUAAAAUAGCCACUUUUGGCUUCGUCCGUUUAAAAAAAUAUUGGACAUGCAUUUUUUUUAAUAUUAAAAAUUCACUAAGAUAUGAGGCAUUGAAGAUUGGGAGUCGGGGCUCGAAAUGUCACGUGUAUGUAAAAUUUGUACUUGGAAGUGACGUAACACAAAAUUCUAUCGUGUUAGUAUCUUCGUUGUUAUUUGUUUGUGAGAGAAAAAAAUAAAAUCGUGUCCAUUAUUUUAGGGUUAUCUAAAAGGCGGACUAAUUACUUUUUUCAUUUACUAUGUUUAUUCAAACUCGAGGGUAUCCUUAAUGAUGAUACUUAAUCAAUGAAGGAAAUUAGAAUGAUUGAUCUUUAUUUACAUAGUUUACUGUUACCAGUUAAAUAACCUUAUUUUGUACGUUAACAAGUAAAAUAAUUUUGAAAUUGCUUCGUUAAGACUUCUACAAAUUUUUAUUCGCGUUGUCGCUCGAUUUCAUUAUCCAGUUUUGUUCUUUUUGGCCCAAGUUAAAUUUGAUAAAAGAUUUUAAUGUAUAUUUUUGUAAGUUUUCAUUUACUUAAUGAUCUUUCAACAGGCUCGAGGUAAUAUUUCUUUUAUCAUGCACCUAACAGAUAUGAAAAAUUCUUAGAUUAUAUUUUAUCCGGUACGGGAAGUACUUUUGCGCUUUUUGAUGCGUUUUAUUAGUCUUAAGCUGUAAUAUAAGAUUAGGUAGGUGUAUAAAGAAAUGUAAAUAUGUGAAGGAAAUAAAAUAAACCAUAUUUUCGUUAAAA